AGUCACCGUGCAACACAACACAUGUGCAUGUAUGUAAACAUAAACAUUUAAACAACCGCUUUGCAAUGCAAACAUGUUUGCAAAUAAAUGGUGGGUCCACCGUAAAAGAAGUGCUACAACAACCCCCAGAGUAUUUAACGAUAUUGCGAAGAUCGAUAGUGACCACUCACUUCAUGGCUACUUUGGCUUCAAGUUCUAUUUCAAACCCAAAGAGUUUAUCGAUGUUACACCCUGCCUAACGAAAAUUCGUGCCUUUGAAAGUUACAUUAAAAGAAAUGCAAACCAAUUCACCUUUCCUGAAAUACGUGAACAUAAAGUUUUUACAGUUGACUUAUCAUCUCUACUUGCCGACAAUGAAUUUCAUGUGGCCUGGGCCGAUUUCAAACUCGAUCUCUCUAGGAAUACGCGAUUCGUUUUAAGCUGUAUGGCUAUCGCAAUGCUUCAGCAGGUGAUAAUUGAGGAAAAGGUCGCAGUCUUGCAUCCGAGGCUAAUAAAUCAUGAACCAAUCACUCCAUUGAAAAAUUUGAAGACAAACACAUUCGGAACACUUGUUUCUAUCCGAGGUACUGUAGUUAAAGCGUCUAUCACGAGGCAGUUGUGUGUUAAGGAAAUGGCAUUUAAUUGCGUCAAUUGUAAUGGAAGUCAAUUGGUGGAGCAGCUUGAUGGGGCCUAUACAAUUCCCACCAGUUGCCCAACGAAAGGCUGUAAGUCUCAAUCAAGCUUUACUCCUAUUUUUAAUAGCUUUACGGUUGCCCCGAAUUGGCAAUGCUUGAAAGUGCAAGAGCUGAUUGGAGUCGGCUGUUACGAAAACGGAAGGGUGCCGCGUACUAUCGACUGUGAGUUAUCCGACGAUUUAGUGGGGUGCUGUAUCCCCGGUGAUGACGUAACAAUUACCGGUAUUAUUAUGAGUCGCAGCGAUAAAAAACACAAUCAAGCUUCCGUCUUUCACAUCUACAUUAACGUAAUCAAUGUUGUUAACGCUAAGAGUCAGUCUAACGGAAGUGUGGAACGAAUCACGUUCAACACUGCCGACUAUUACGCAAUCCAGCGAAUUCACGCUCGUCCCUCCUUGUUUCGUUACCUUGUACAGUCGCAAUGUCCGAAUAUCUACGGAAAUGAAAUUGUUAAAGCCGGACUACUCCUGACUAUGUUCGGGGGUACCAGUGUCGAGGCCGAAGAGCGAUUUCGCUUAAUUUCGCACGUGCUAAUGGUGGGAGAUCCCGGAUUGGGUAAAUCUCAAAUGUUGCUGGCGUGUGCGAAUGUGGCCCCUCGUGGGGUUUACGUGUGCGGAAAUACGAGUACUAGUUCCGGAUUGACUGUGACAAUGAAAAAGGAAUCAAGUGGAGACUACUCGUUGGAAGCGGGCGCUUUAAUAUUGGCAGACCGAGGGUGCCUCUGCAUUGACGAGUUCGAUAAGAUGACCUCUCAACACACCAGCCUACUCGAGGCUAUGGAACAACAAAGUAUAAGCAUCGCCAAGGCGGGGGUCAUGUGUAACUUAUCUUCGCGCUGUAGCAUCUUCGCCGCGGCUAAUCCGGUCGGUGGGCAUUAUAAUAAGGCGAAAACUGUCGCGGAAAAUCUCAAAAUAAGCUCUCCUCUCAUUUCCCGUUUCGAUCUAGUCUUCGUUUUAAUGGACCAAUCGUGUAAGAAAUACGACCAGCUGGUCUCCGAAAAAGUCUUGGGUUUGCAUUCCAAACUUAAAAGGCCACUAUUGACGCAAUCUAUUACAAAUGCCACCGGUAAGACACUACAAGAGCGUUUAAUGGCAACCGCGGGAGAUACCGAUCACCUUGAGCAUAGUUUGUUUCGAAAGUACAUCGCGUAUGCGCAAAGAUACGUUCACCCGACCAUCGCACUGGAAGCAAAAGAGAUUUUAGAACAAUUCUACUUGGAGCUCAGAAAAUAUCGUCAAGAGAACAACUGCUCUCCUAUCACCGUGCGCCAGUUAGAAUCGAUGAUGAGGCUAACAAAAGCGCGAGCGAAGGCCGAGUUGCGUGAAGAGGCCACCGUUGAGGAUGCCAUCGACGUUCUGGAAAUCAUGCGCAACAGCUUCAUCGACAUCUUUACCGACGAAACGGACCGGCUGGACUUUCGAAGAUCUCAAGGCGGCUCGGGUAUGAGCAAGGAGAAGCAGUUGAAGGCGCUAUUAUCGUGCAUGCAGUCACGAGCCGAAGAACUGAUGCAGAAUGAGUUUACAAGGGAGGAGAUUCGCCAAUUAGCGGAAGAAGUGGGAAUUGGGAGAGAGACAUUCGGAGAUGUUUUGCAGAAAUUGAAUUUUCAUGGUUAUUUAUUGAAACGGGCUCAAAACAAAUAUAAAUUAGCUAGUGUAGAUUUCUAAUUUUCUUGUAUUAUUUGUACGUAUUUUUUCUGUUUGUACUUCAGUAAAUUUUCAUUUGGUUUUGGGUUGUACAGUCAGUGUUUUUGAUUUUUUGAUCAAUGUAAAUGCGUUAUCGUUUUGCUUGUUUGAAGCUUAGCACCUGAAAAAUUCUAUUGCCUCACUUUGAUCAUUUCGAACACAUUUAAAGCGACCACUAAAAUCAAGGAAAUAUAAUCGCCAAGAAUAACGAGGAAAUGCAGAAUAAUAAGGAAAUAUGUACCUACACUACUUUACUAGUAGGAAGUAAACUGCAAAGCUAGUAAAACAAUAUACCAGUAAUGACACGUAGAGGGGUCUAUUAACUUGCCCCCCCCCCCCACUGAGAGAUUUGUUAGUCGUAUUAUUU